AGUAACUAUAACUAGUACUUAAUCUGUGGACUGCACUAGAAAUUUCUUGAAAGCGCUCUAAAUACGAAUUAUAUUUAAAUUAUUAAUUUUUAUUGUUCUGAUUUGUAAAAAGCAGUUAUUGUUGAAUUAUUAUCUUUGCUACUGAAAUAAGCAAUCAAGAUUUAAAAAUAUGUCCGACACAAAAAUAAUGGAGUUGAAAAGCGACAUUGAAGAAUUACAAGAAUUAUUGAAACAGGCCAAACGUAAAAAGGUUCAAGACAUAUUAUCGCUAGAAAUUCGUAAAUUGGAAACAGAAUGGAUAGAUUUGAAAGAGAAGUCGAAAGAAACUCCAAUGGAAGUGUCUGUUGCAGCACCUUCGGCACCUGCUCAGAAUAAAAGAUAUCAAAUCAAAUUGAAUGGUUAUGGUUGGGAUCAGUCGGACAAAUAUAUUAAGGUUUUCGUAACCCUUAAAAAUGUGCACACUCUGCCUAAAGAACAAGUAUAUUGCAAAAUAACUGAGAAGUCCAUGGAACUGUUUGUUGAAAAUUUGGAUGACAAGGACUAUACAUUGGUCAUUAAUAAUUUGCUCUACCCAAUAGUAGUUGGUGAAUGUCAUUGGAAGCAGAAGACGGAUAUGGUUGUUAUAUUCCUUGCAAAAUCUGACAAAUCACUGAAGUGGUCUCACAUGACAGAAAUUGAAAAGAAAUUUGAUGAUAAACGCAAUAGCCGCUUUAAGACAAAUCCUGAGGAUAUGGACAAUAAGGAUCCUCAGGCUUCUAUUAUGAGUCUUAUGAAAAAUAUGUAUGAAACAGGGGAUGAUGAAAUGAAGAGAAUGAUAUCAAAAGCAUGGUAUGAAGGACAACACAAAAAUAAAACUGACACCUUGGACCUGUGAUAAAAUAACCAGAAAUUUGAGUGCAGAGAGUCUGAAAGUUAGUAUGUAAGAAUUAUUAUAAUCAUAAGCUUUAUGUUAAUGUAUGAAGAUUAACUUCAAAAUAAAUCAUGUAAAUUAAAAA